UGCGGUAGUAGUGAACGGCAGAGCUCUAGCUGUAGGUGAACGUUUGAGAGGUCUGUGUACAGACCGGCACAACGUCUCAAAACUGACACCCAGUGGGCCGCAGAGAUUCUCGGGGGAGCCCUAGGUCGGUGAAACAAACAUGGGGAACGCAGAGAGCGGCUGCGGUGGAGGCAGCGGCGACGAGGAAGACAUAGAAACGGAGAGUCCUGGCUUCGCGGAAGACAGUCCGGCCUCUGCAGCCACUGGCGGCGGUGUUGGAGGCGGUGGUGGCUCCGGUUCUGGGAGGAGCGGAAGGGGAUCGAAUAACCUGCCCGUGCCCACCGGUGGGCCACCUAGCCCCGGAGUCCUCUUAGAGCAAGUGAAACUGAGAGAAGCAGCGGCCCGUAUUAGCGACUCAGGAGUCGCCAUUCAGGAGUCUGUCCUGGCCGGGAAUGAGGGUGUCCUGGUGCGGUGGCUAGAGGACCGGUUAAACCGAGGAGAGGAGUCUGUCAAUGUCGAACAAUUUUGUGAAAUGCUUGAGAGCAGAGAUGUCCCGAGAGAUGAAUGUGAAGAGGCUUUUGGACAGUUCGAUGCAGAGGGGGAUGGGGUGGUGGACGUAGAGAGCAUGCUGAUUGCUCUGAAGAACUCCAAUGGAGCUAAUCUACAGGGAGAGCUGAGUCAUGUGAUAAGACAACUACAGGCGUGCUCCUUAACCCCAGGUUUUGUUGACAUAUUCUCCAAGACCAAAGAUCGGUUAGGGGCACAUGCCUCUAAGAUCCUUAAGUUCUUACACAGGAAUCGUAUUCCCAGCAGUGCCAUCCCUUUCCCUAUCUUAGAAGGCUACAACAGUAUCUGCACCAUGAGGUCCAGUGUGGUCCAGGACUUCUUGGAAUUUCUCUUGCAGAAGGAGAAAGAUUUAGAUAUCCAGUACCGAGCAGAGCUGGACCGUGAUCCAGAGGUGGACAAGGUCAAGGUGGUCACACAGUGCUACAGCACGAUAGAAGCUUCAUCCAAUGUUGCUGACAUUUACAAGAUGACAAAUGGAGAAACUGCAUCUUUCUGGCAGUCAGACGGUAGUGCACGCUCACACUGGAUCAGAUUGAAAAUGAAACCAGAUGUGGUUUUGAGACGGCUAGCCAUUGCUGUGGCUUCUAAUGACCACAGCUACAUGCCUCAGCUGGUUUCAGUUGCUGUGGGGAAAAACCGGCGUUCCCUGCAGGAAAUCAGAGAUAUUCGUAUCCCCAGCAAUGUCACGGGCUACAUAGCUCUCUUGGAGAAUGCCAACAUCACACAUCCCUAUGUCCAAAUCAACAUUAAACGGUGCCUGAGCGACGGAUGUGACACACGGAUUCAUGGCUUAAAGACUCUUGGAUAUCAGAUUACCAAGAGUAAAGAGGUGUCUGUUUCAGAUGCUUCAGCCAUCUGGUACCUGUCUCUCCUCACCUCCUUGGUCACUGCCUCCAUGGAGACUAACCCUGCACUGGCUCAGACUGUUCUUCAGAGCACACAAAAAGCCUUACGGCAUAUGCCACCAUUGUCCCUAACACCAUCAUCCACAGAGUUCCCCAAGUUCUUCUCUUUGAACAUCCUGGAGGAGGUGGAUGGAUUUCUGCUCAGGAUAGCCGACUGCUGUGUGAGUCCUGAUGCAGAAUUGACCCUCCUGGCCUUCGCUCUGGCCAGAGGUAGUGUGGCAAAAGUACUCCAGGCCUUGUCUUGCAUCAGCGAUCAUUUAGAGGCAGAGUACAAGGCCUCCUCCCUCAUCGUGUCCAUGGCCUCCGUUAGGCUGCGACUACUCUAUCGCAAUGGGAAGCCCCUCCAGCUGCACCUACAGGCCUGUGAUGUAAAGAGUAAAGAGGAGAAAUCAGGACCAGAGAACAUGCUAACAGAAUCUUCCACUGGAGAUGGUUUUCUCACAGAGAGCGGCAGGAAGAAAGCCAGUGUUAUCCUGUCGACAGAGGACCAGAGCAACUUCCAGGUCACUCAGAUGAAGAUCAAAGUACGAAAAGGAGCCAUUGGAGCAAAAUGUGGUUUGGUGUUUGCAUACAAGGAGGAAGACCCAUUUGAUGCAGAGAAACAUUUCAAGAGGUUCAAAAAGUAUGACUCGUGGGACUACAAGGACUACAAAGAGUUUGUACAAGACAAUGUGAAGAUUCCAGCACAGUCUGAGGACGAGCCGAUUGGCUGGUUUGAGCUCGAGGAGGACUGGAACGAUGUGGAGAUCAAGCUGCAGCAGUGUCGAGUUGCAAAGUUCCUGAUGGUGAAAUUCCUCUGCACCAGGCAGGACUCUGCUGAACGCCUUGGUGUGCAGUCUGUCAGCUUCAGUGGUUACCUGUGCCCCGGGGCAGAGAGGCUGGGAGACCUAGAUGAUCUCAGUUCAGAGGGAGAGAGCGUCAACCAUGAUGCUGUCACUGGCCUUUGUCUACUCAACAAGACAUUAUUUUUCAUUCAACAGCUUACAAGAGACAUGGAUGCCUCUCAUUUCAAGCAGAAGUAUCUUCUGGACUUCAAUGGUCUCAGCCUCAGCCUCUUCUGGAACUUCUACAGUAAACUCAGGGAGAUUGAUGGAGAGGAGGUGUUGAAGAGCAGAGUUCUUCUGCUCCAGCUGAUGCAGAACUGUUUCCCCAUGCUGCCCAACCCACUGGAUUCCCAGGGCCCAGAGGAGAGCAGAGCACCCAGUGAAGGAGCCGCAGCAGCUUGUCCAUCCACAUCCAGCAGUGAAGAGCCUGUGAACGAGUCUGUUAAGGCCGUGAGGGAGCUUUCCACUCACCUCUACCACAUUGUGGAUGGUCCAGAGGGUGAGACAGUAGUGGAAAAAGCUUUGCACAGGGAAGCAGUAAAGGCCAUUCGCAAUGGAGCUGCUGUUUUCUUCCCUGAUAAACACGACAGGCGGGACAAACUCUUCCACAUGAUGAAAAAUGUUACUGAAGAGGAUCAGCCAGAGUCGGUAAAGGUGACAUUUGAAUCACUUUGUAAUUACUUCAGUGACCAGGAUCCAAGUGGCCUUCUCCUGCUCCCACCUAAAGGAGCUUCUGCAGACUUUGACAUCAGCCCCAUACUGUCAGUCAUGGAGACACUGCUGCUGGUGGCAGCAAGAGAGUGUGAAGUCAUGAUGGUGGAUGGGAGUAGUGGAGCCAGCAGGGCGGUGCUGCUGUCCUUGUUCUGGGCACUGCAGGGUAGUCUGCUCUCCUGGUGCUACCUGCAGCUCAAAGGAGGAGCUUCCACAGCUGUCGCUAUGGAGCUGGCAAGAGACAUCCUUCUAAAAUAUGUGGAUCAGGUAUUGGGAAGCAUCAAGACCACCCUUGGUUCCCUGCUGGAGAGGCACACCGGUUCUGAAAUCACUGACAAACUAGGCAGCUCCAUCCUGGCCACAGUCUUCAGACAACUGAUGAUCUUCCUCCUGGAGCUGUGCUCUUUGGACAUCCCUCACAGUGUGUUGCUGAAGAGCUUCUCCUCUCUGGUCGAGCUACUCAAAAACCUGUCCAGUGACACUGGAGACAUCUUUUCUAAGGUGGAUCAGGAGAGCUGGCACCAGCCACAGCAGCCAGUCGUGCUGAGGACCUGGAACAUGGAGUCCCCUCACAACUAUGAGAAUAGCCGCCAUGAGACCAGCAUCUUUGCCUGCCCUGGUGCUACAUCCUUUGAGGUGGAGUUUGAUGAACGCUGUGAGACAGAGAAGAGGUAUGACUACCUAGAAUUCACAGAUUCUAGAGGUGGCAAGGUCCGCUAUGAUAUGAAAGUUGGAACUGAGAAGUGGCCAAAGAAAGUGACAUUUGAUGCUGGCCCUCAGCUCCAGUUCCUCUUCCACUCUGAUAGCAGUAAUAAUGAGUGGGGUUACAAGUUCACUGUGACAGCCCUGGGUCUGCCAGACAUCACCAUUUCUUGGAUGUCGGACUUGCAGCUGCUGGUGGCUCGCCUGAUGGGUCGUCUUGCAUCUAGGACUCUGGCAUUGAAAUCCCCUCAUGAGAUACACACGGUAAAGGAGCUUCCAGCAGGGAAAAUGUCCCAUGUUCAAUCUUCUCCUUUAUGGAAACCCAUCCUGCGACACGGGUUGUGUGAAACAAGGGAGACCAAUCAGACUAAAACACCCACAGAACAGACAAAUGCAUGGUCUCUUGAUGAGUUAAUGAGCUUCCUGGAGGACUUUGCGCGUUGGAACCCCUCACAGGAACCAACAGACAGUAGAACAGAGCUGAUGAGGAAACUCAUGCAGUCCUGCAGAAGACAAACAAUGAGGAAUGAGAUAGCCUCCGGGUCAAAGACAGACCAAGCCGUGAAUGCCAUUUGGGCAGCCAUGGUGUACCACACACCAGCCUUCAAUCAUGCCCUGAAGACCUACGUUAAUCAAGACUGCACGUCCUGUCUAAGUGAAGAGUUUGUGCAGGUGUAUUCACUAGCAGACAGCAUCAGAACGUGGAUGCUUGAGAUGAAGCAGAGAUACCUAGUUGGCAAAAUGAACGUUCCUGAUGACAAAGAAGGGGUUCCUGAUGAGGUUACCAUGGAGACAUUAGCUGAUAUGUGUAUUGAGAAGAGUCUCCUGCUGUUCAGAUUCGCCCCUUGUGGAGUAACAUGUCAGGACAGUGACUCAUUCAAAGCUGCAGAGGGUAGCAGCGCUCUACUCCUCCGCUCAAGUUCAAUCUCAGAAGGGGACUUCCAGGCCAGCUCCUCUCUGGGACCUCAGCCUGCAGGGGCUGAGGAGGGCAGUGAUGCUAGGGCAGGACAGAACAAGUCCCCUGGCGCUCAAGCCCCAAACUCAUCUUCUGGGCACAGCAGACGAGGCCACAGAGGCUCCACAGAGAGCCUCUCAUCCCAGCCAGGGGAGCCAGCCUCACCCUCUGCCUUCCCCCGUAAACCUCCAUUCAGUCGGGCACGGCUACGCCUUCUGUCCUGUCGAUCUAUAGAAGAGCCCCGCUUGACCCCCUCUGUCAAGGAUCGCUACCCGAUACUCAAACACAUCCUAAACUUCAUAAAGGACCAGGCUCUGACAACAGCAAGUAUUCUGCAGACCCUGUCCCUGAACAGAGCCCAGGCUCUGAGUGUGUGCAAGGUCCUGGAAAUGGUUCAGCAGUGUUUACAUUCCCUGGGAAAGCCACACCUCUUCCAAGCCCCCUGCAUUCUCUUCUUACAGGAGCUGCUAACAUGUCAGAAAGACUUCACUAGUUAUUUCUCCCAGUUGUCAGACAGUGGGCAGAAGCUAGGGGAGGAGGUGAGGCGUUCCUACCAUCACCUGGUGCUCAUGCUGGUGGAAGCAGUACAAGGCUUCAGCAGCCUCAAUGAGAAAGCCCUGCUACCAGCCCUGUCAUGUGUGCAGACCUGCUUGUUGCACCUUCUAGACAUGAGCUGGGAGGUACAUGACCUUCUUCUCUUCCUGAAUAUCAAGCUUCCUGACAUCCUGCUCAGCAUGUCUCAGGAAAACAUCAGUGUUCAUGACAUUGCCAUCAGUCAAUGGACAGAGGAAGAUGAAAUUGCUGACUACAAGAAGAACCAGGAGUGGAUGGAUGAGUGUAUGGACGGGAUGUUUGAGAAGUGGUAUGACAAAAUCGAGGAGGAGGACUCCAUGGAGGACAGGAGAAAGAUGCACAUGUUCAUUGCACGCUAUUGUGACCUGCUCAAUGUUGUCAUUUCCUGUGAUGGCUGUGAACGGAUGGCACCUUGGCACCGCUACCGAUGUCUCCAGUGCAUGGAUAUGGACCUCUGCAAGACCUGCUUCCUCAGUGGUGCCAAGCCUGAAGGCCACGAGGACGACCAUGAGAUGGUGAACAUGGAAUAUGCCUGUGACCACUGCCAGGGGCUCAUUGUAGGCAGCAGGAUCAACUGCAACGUGUGCGAAGACUUUGACCUUUGCUUUGGUUGUUACAAUGCCAAGAAGUAUCCUGACAGCCAUCUGCCCACCCAUCGGAUCACAGUAUACCCCAUGGUGACCAUACGAAUCAGCGACCGUCACCGCUUGAUCCAGCCCUACAUCCACAAUUACUCUUGGCUGCUGUUUGCUGCUUUGGCCCUGUACACAUCAGAACUGAGCAGUGAGAAGCAGAUGGAGGGAGAGAUGUUGGACAGCGACACCUUGAACCGGGCUUCAGCCCUGCAGACAUACUGCUCCCAACUCAUCACCGAUUGCUUGCUCAAGGGGCAGACUGGCAAAGGUCUACGUUCCUCAGCUUUGCUUGCUUUACUCUCCUCCAAUGAAUCGGCUUCUGAUAGUGAGCUGUGUCCAGUCUCUCCAGAGUCCUCUCAGGAGCUCAGCACAGCCACUGACACCUCCUCUCUCCCUGGCAGCACUGCAGCAAUCUGCUCUCCAUCAUCUCCCAGGGACAAGAGUAAACCAUCAGGUAAGGAGAAAAAGGUUAAGGAGGUGGGCUCUCCUCCCCCUGCUCCCCCAGAGAUGUUGUCCCCCCCAAGCACCGGAGAGGGAGAGAAAAAGAAGCUGGUUACUCAAGACACCCUUGAUUCCCCAAGUCUCAGCCAGACACCAUCUGUGUCCAGUGAGGACCCCCUCUCUCCCAUUGUCCGGCCUUCAGAAUCUGUGCCAGGGACAGUCAGCUCCCCAGCAUCGGACGUUGUCAAGGAGACAGAUGAGAGGCUGCCCCAGGUUCCCCUACAGGAGCAUGUGUUUUCAGAGUGCUCCAGAGAGAGGAUCUUGGGACUACUAGCAGCCAUGCUGCCACCAGCCAAACCAGGCAGCACCCUGUCUCUGCCCAGUCUGAGCUCCAUCCUGCCCCAGCUUUUCAGAGCGGUCAUUUCCAAUGCUGGCUCUCUCAAUGAGACAUACCACCUCACCCUGGGACUACUGGGUCAGCUGCUGCUCCGAAUCCCUCCAAUCGAGGCCGAUGCUGCUGUUACAGAGGCCCUUGCUGACAAAUAUGAGUUGCUCACACAAGGAGACGCAGCCACUUCAGACACGGAGGGUUGGAGGACCACUCAGCUGCUUUUCAGCCUAGGAGCUGUCUGUUUAGACAGUCGUAUCGGUCUGGAUUGGGCGUGCACAGUAGCCGAUAUUUUACACAGUCUGAAUGCUUGUCCUGAGUGGAGCACAGUGAUUGCCGCCUUCACUGAUCACUGUAUACAGCAGCUGCCACAAACCCUCAAACGCACCAACCUCUUCACCCUGCUGGUGCUGGUGGGCUUCCCUGAGGUGCUGUGCGUGGGCACCCAGACGGUGUUUAUUGACAACGCCAAUGAACAGCACAACAUGAUCUUGCUCAAGCACUUCACAGAAAAGAACCAUGCUGCGGUGGUGGACGUUAAGACACGCAAGAGGAAAACAGUGAGGGACUACCAACUCAUCCAGUCUCAGGAUUCCACUACAGCCAGCCUUCCAGGGCAGGCAGAGGGCCAGGGAUCCCCAAAGACACUGCUCAGCCGCUACCUGAGCAACUUUACCUCUAUCAUCAGCCACCUGCUGCAGACCAGCCAGGACAAUGGCUCCCCUGAUGCUGUGGAGGCUUCCUGGGUCCUGUCCUUGGCCCUUAAAGGCCUCUACAACACACUCAAGAAGCAUGGAGUGGAGCAAGCUCAGGAGGCCAUCCAGCAGUCAGGACUGACUCAGCUGCUGGUGAGGAAGUGCAGCAAGGGAACAGGCUUCAGCAAACUGUGGCUGCUGCGAGAUCUAGAGAUUCUCUCCAUCAUGCUCUACUCCUCUAAGAGGGAGAUCCACUCCAUGGCUCAGGAUCCUGAGCGAGACCAAAGAGAACAGGACAAGGAGCACGACUCAGACCACUCCAGUUGCUGCGCUGACGAGACUGACAUCAACAGGCCCGACCCCUUAGAGGGUCUUGAUGAGGAGACAAAGAUUUGCUUCCAGAUCACCCACGAUGCCUUAAACGCCCCUCUGCCCAUCCUGCGGGCCAUGUAUGAACUGCAGAUGAAGAGAACUGACUCUUUUUUCCUGGAGGUGCAGAAGAGAUUUGAUGGAGAAGAGAUAAAAACAGAUGAGACAAUCCGCACACUGGCUCAGAAGUGGCAGCCAACCAGGCGGCCUCGCUCUGAGGAGAGGAACACCAAGGCAGUGGACACUGAUAUGAUUGUGGUGUCCUGUGUGUCUAAACCCAGUCACUGUGAAAAAGCCACAGAGGAGCUCAACGUAGUGGCCCAGAAGCUCAUCACCAAUUCAGAGAGUGACUUACAACUCAGCUACGCCAAACAGAGACGGACCAAAAGCUCAGCUCUUUUACACAAGGAACUGGAUGUGCGCAGCAAUCGGGCAGUUCGUCAGUAUCUAGUGAAGGUCAAUCAGGCCAUUGCAACACUGUAUGCCCGCCAUGUGCUGGCCUCACUGCUGGCUGACUGGCCUGCAGAGGCCGCAUUAAGCGAGGAGGCCCUGGAACUGAGUGGUGCCUCACACAUGGCUUACAUCCUGGACAUGCUAAUGCAGCUGGAGGAGAGGCCGCUCUGGGAGAAGAUUCUCCAGAGGGUGCUGAAGGGUUGCAGCCAGAGUAUGCUGUGCAGUCUGUCCCUCACUGCAUGCCAGUUCAUGGAGGAGCCAGGUAUGGCCGUGCAGGUCAGAGAGUCCAAACACCCAUAUGACAACAACACCAACUUUGAGGACAAAGUUCACAUCCCAGGGGCCAUCUACCUUUCAGUAAAAUUUGACUCCCGCUGCUACACAGAGGAAGGCUGUGAUGAGCUCAUCAUGUCGAGCAGCAGUGACUUCCUCCAGGAUGUCCACAAUUUCAGUGGAUCUCCUCAGAAAUGGUCUGAUUUUGAAAUCCCUGGUGAUACCCUGUACUACAGAUUUAUGUCAGACAUGAGCAACACAGAGUGGGGCUACAAGUUCACUGUAACAGGAGGCCACAGAGGACGAUUCCAGACAGGGUUUGAGAUACUGAAGCAGAUGUUAGCUGAUGACCAAGUGCUCAGCCACCUGCCGCUGGCUGACAUAUGGGAGUGGCAGGUGGGUGUGGCCUGUCGCCAGACUGGGAACCAGCGACUCAAAGCCAUUCACUUGUUGCUCCGCCUCCUGCAGUGUCAAUCCCAGACAGCCUGUGAGCUGACGCUGCUGCGACCUCUGUGGCAACUCUUUAUGUCUAUGGAAAACAGCCUGAGCCAGGAUCCCACCGGUAUUACUGUGCUGCUGCCUCUUCACAGAGCCCUCACUGAACUCUUCUUCAUCGCAGAAGCCCGUGCCAUUGCACAGGGCAUCCUCCAGGAGUACUUAUUAGCCAUGACCACUGACGAGCAGCUCCUCAAUCACACUGCAAUGGCCCUGAAGAACAUCGCUGCCAUCAGCCUGGCUAUCAAUUACCCCAAUAAAUCUACCAAGCUUCUCAAUGUGUCCCCUUGAGAGAUCUACAGAGUGAGAGAGAAAGGAGAAGGAGAGCAACCUGAAGAGGACACGUCCUGACUCAGCUAGUUCACUUUGAACAAGGAGCAGAGAGGUGAGGGAGAAAAACCUCUCCGACCACCCAGUGCUUACCUUCUCACAGGACCCCCCCCCCUCCCUCCACAUGGGUAACUCUCUGCAGUACUGUGGACAUCAUCUGUGGAGGGACGGGGUCAGGGGGGGGCCUCAAAGAGCACUUUCCACACUUAUUCAGAAUCCUUUUUGCCUUAGGUGAAUCCAGUAUAUCAGCAUGUGCAUUCACUGGAACAGGAACAAUUGUGGGGUCUGUUUUUUGUUUGUUUUUUUAAAGUUUUUACUUGAAGAUGCCGUGCUAAAGGACAUGAAGUGUGCCAAAUACGCGACCUUCAAGGGGGAAGCAUAUUCCUUUUUUUCCUUGCCUUUUUGUCCCUGUCCUAAACAGCAGCCACUCUGGGUUACAUAGUUGAUCAUGGUGAAAACAGGUCACCUUGGCGACUUGCAUGUCUCAGUGGACAUGUAGAGCAUCCUAAAAAUACUGUCCAGGACAGUGGAGUCUCAUUAGUCACCACAGGGAGAAAGUACUGACCUACUAGCUCAUUCCACUCCUUCCUUCCCUCCUUUCCUUUUCUUUUCCUAUCUAUAUUUCCUUUUGUCCUUCUCCCAUUCCUCCUUUCCUUUUCAGACAACAGAAGUAGAUGAUGGUAUUUUAGUUGAAAAGUAGGAUCAGUACAUCAUCAUAGAUAUCCUAAACAUAUAUCCGAUCUGCAACUUUCUGCCAGUGUAACAUGCACUAAGUCCCACUUCCAAACUGAUGACAGUUUGAUCGGGCUGAACGGGAUGAAGGUGAUACUCACAUAGCCAUAGUCUUUGCAUAGGAUGAAAACUAACAUUACAACUGAGGGAAAACUGUGAUAAUGUACUAUUGCAAUGCAUUCCUCCAUAUUCUUCUAUCAAUAUGUUGAAGUAUUUUCCCUCCAUUACUAAGUAAGUGAAUGAAAGACCAUUAUGAUGUCAAAUGAUGUUCAUGGAAAAUAAUAAUAACAGCAAAAAAGUCAUGGGGAAAUCCUGAAUCUCUUAAAAGCCUAUAGUUUUAUCCACAUAUUUAUUUAUUUACUGUUAUUAUUUUGUCUAAUGUAUAAUUCAGUUUCAGCAGUUUGAGAGUUGACUUUUUCACAGCAGUGAAAUCGAAUCUGAAUCAUAUAGUAAAUCAUAGUCUGUCACACUAUGAUGUUCCCUUACCUUGUGUAUUCUAAUGAAUGCAAGAAUAACACAAAUUCCCACAACAGAGCAAACACUGCUGAUUCCCCCUGAUACACAGAUACACAGUCACAUCACUUAUUGACUGUCAUCAUUUAAGAAUUGAAGCUGAUACACUGAUAAACGUAAAGGUGACUGUAAAAUAGACACUUACUCCCACUUAUUCACGAGUAACACAUCAAAUAUUGGGUAAGCUGGGAAGGUUGGAUUCUUAAAUAAUGAAUUACCUCAUCUUUUAUAAUUACACAGAUCAUUGGUAUGAUGCUUCCUUAGAUGUUAACUCCACAUUUUAUAAAAUUGAAAUCCACCUGUAGCUACAUCCACAUCAGUCACAUGUACUUUCAUGUUAAAGCAAGCAUCAAGGUUUUGUAUGUUGGUAAAUCUAAACAUCAGAGAGUUAGUAGAUGAGGGUUUUGUUUUCCAAUCGUUAUUGUACUCAUUGAUGAAGAGAUUCUUUUAGCUGUAGGAGAUCAUGGUGGUUUUAUACCAAAGAAACCAAUCAUUGUGAGCCAUGAAACAUCUCUGAAAGAGUUCCUUUUCUGUUGAUCACAUAUCAGAUAGCCACCCUGUUAGAAGCUGGAGCAGAGGAAACCUUUAGACGAUGUUCUUUUUUUUUUUUUUUAAUUUAUUUAAUUUUUUUACUGUUAUUUUUGAAAUGGUCCCUACAAGGGACCUUAGGAUAGCUCGGUGGUUUUGUUUACACAAACAUCAGCUGCAGUGAGGAGAGAGGAAGAGAUACAUGGCCUCCAUUUGGCUUCUACGACGCCUCGCCUAUCUACGAUGUGCCUAUGGUUAAAAAAAUGAAGCAAUCAUAAUUUAACUCAUGUUAGUGGAAUACUUAAUUAUAUUUUAAAAGAGAAAUAUAUUGUUUAAUUUGAAGUUUUUUGUAACUUUUUACUUUUAAUGUUGGUUUUCUUUUUGCGAGGAUGCUUGAUAUUUGAGGUUGACUAAUUUGAAUGUACAUAUCUGUGAAUAGUAAUUGCACAAGAGAAAGACUUUGAUAUCUACCCCUUACAAAUAUAAACUUUAUUGGGCACUAACAGAUGGACACUUUGAUUCUGAUUUUGUAUGCAUGGCACAUUGAAGGUAAAAAAAAAAGGAGUGCUGCUUGGGUUGAAAUGUGAUUCAUUUCUAAUAAAAAUAGAAAUUACUUAUA